UUCUUCUGGCUGCAUAAGUAGCAGGUCUCGAGCUCUCUCCAUUUAUCCUCUUCUUUGUCUCUACUACUUUCACUUUCGAAACCCUAAUCUUAUCGUUUGAAGAUAGAGAGAGAGCGUAGAAGUGGUGCGACUGGAAGAUGCCGUACGUAACUGCUUACAUUCUGAUAUGAUCACGGCACUCUGCCUGGAGCGAUGUCACGGGUUUAAUUUCUUUCCGUCUUUUUCGUUCUCCGAGCCGUGAGGAAGUUCGAUUGAGUAUUGGGAGGGCGACCUUGUGCCACGUUGAAGAAGGCUGCGUGAUUCCUGUGUGUCAAGGUGAUCGAGAUCGAAUGCUUGAUAGCGCUGGAAGUUGAUGAACUAAGAAAAGGAAGAGGAAGAGGGAGACGACGACCAUGGAUCGGGUGGCAAUGACCGUCGGGCCGGCGAUGGACAUGCCGAUAAUGCACGACAGUGACCGGUACGAGUUGGUGAGGGAUAUCGGGGCCGGCAACUUCGGGAUUGCGCGGUUGAUGCGGGAUAAGCAGACUAAGGAACUGGUGGCUGUCAAAUACAUAGAAAGAGGAGAGAAGAUAGAUGAGAAUGUCCAGAGGGAGAUUAUAAAUCACAGAUCCUUAAGACACCCAAAUAUUAUCAGAUUUAAAGAGGUCAUUCUGACUCCAACACAUCUUGCUAUUGUAAUGGAAUAUGCUUCUGGCGGUGAACUAUUUGAGCGUAUUUGCAAUGCGGGACGAUUCAGUGAGGAUGAGGCUCGCUUCUUCUUUCAGCAGCUCAUAUCUGGAGUUAGUUAUUGUCACUCUAUGCAAGUAUGUCAUCGGGAUUUAAAGCUUGAGAACACAUUGUUAGAUGGAAGUGUUGCUCCACGUUUAAAGAUUUGUGACUUUGGCUACUCUAAGUCGUCAGUUCUGCAUUCCCAACCAAAGUCUACUGUUGGAACUCCUGCAUAUAUUGCUCCUGAAGUUUUACUUAAGAAAGAAUAUGAUGGCAAGAUUGCUGAUGUGUGGUCCUGUGGAGUAACAUUAUAUGUAAUGCUGGUGGGGGCGUAUCCUUUUGAGGAUCCUGAAGAACCGAAGAACUUCCGGAAAACUAUUCAGCGUAUUUUAGGUGUACAAUAUGCAAUUCCAGACUAUGUUCAUGUUUCUCCUGAAUGCAAGCAUCUAAUAUCGAGGAUAUUUGUUGCCAAUCCUGCCAUGCGAUGUACGAUGACCGAGAUUCGUAACCACGAGUGGUUUCUGAAAAGCCUCCCUGCUGAUCUAAUGGACGACAGCACAAUGAGCAACCAGUACGAGGAACCGGACCAGCCAAUGCAGAGCAUCGACCAGAUAAUGCAGAUUAUAGCAGAAGCAACCAUUCCCGCAGCCGGUACUCUUGGCCUAACCCAAUACCUUACUGGUAGCCUUGAUCUUGAUGAUGAAGACAUGGACGAUUUUGCAUCUGAUCCAGAGCUUGAUGUGGACAGCAGCGGGGAGAUCGUUUAUGCUAUGUAAUGGUGUUUUGUUUUAUUUAAAUCUCUCUUGCUGAAAUCAGUGAAUAUGCGAGCUUUCAUGGCUUUCGGGAGGCAGGUUUGAUUCUUAGCUUUUCUUGUAUGUGUUUGUUGGAUUUGGUGGCAGAGGUGGAGGAUGAAUGAAUCACUGUGGCCUUUUAUUAUGUUGAAGUUAUAAUGUAACAAAGCUGGAUGAUGCUUGUAAGCAAGCUGUGUAUUUUGCAGUUUGAUGAUUUU